GACCUCGACGCCUCUAUCACCACAGACCUAGAUCUUCGCCAGCCAACAGCACCACAGAUCAGGCCUUUGUUCCUUCAUCAGCACAAGAACAGCCUGUCUGGGUCCUCGAAGAGGUCUCAACUCUCUUACUCCUUAUUCUUCUUCUUCAUUAUCUCGACUCUACAUUUCUUCAACACUUUUGGGUACAACAAUACCACGACCAUCAUUUUACAACACAACAUACCAUUCCUGAGGGGCUACUUGUCGAAUUGAAUUCCACGCCUCGUCAAAGGUAAACAAAAAGGGCAGACCGACCUCCUUCGCUAUUCUCCUUGGGUCUGCGACGCGCGCUCCGACAGCCCCCAACAACGACGGCCCUUGAUCGCGGCCUCCGAUACCAUCGUCAAGUAAUCCUUUCCAUUCUACGAUCAACCGACUCCUCCUUUGGAAACCCCCAAUUUGUUCGACCUCCGCAGCCGACCGCUUAGUCGUUCACUCUCCCUCGAACAAAAGAAGAGACCUCGCUGUCGACCUCGAGACGUCCCUACUACAUUGAUGUCGGAAUAAACAUUACAGAUUUACAUUCGUUUCCUCUCUCGCGAGAACCCGGUCGUGCAGCGACAGGUUCAUCGCCAGUCCCGAGAUCCCCAUUUGGCACGGUUCUCGAUACAUUUCUCCCCUAAAGUCUUCACAACUAUUACUGCAUCCGUCAAGAUGUGGUUCACAUCAAGGACUCCGAUAUUGUUACUCUCCUCCCUCGCGGCCAUAUGCCGCCCGGCUGGGGCAGAGCAGAUGCUCUCGUCCAGCUCCCUGAAUACCUGCCAGUCCGACUCAGGAUUCACAGCCAGUCUGUUCAAUGUCGUCUACACCCCAGCUAACAAUAGUGCUACUGUUGACCUGUCGGCAACCUCGUCGAUCCAGGGUAAUGUCGUCUUCGAUGCCACAAUCACGGCGUACGGCUACCAGAUCAUCAGGCAGACGGUCGAUCCGUGCAAAAUCAACCUGGCUGGUCUCUGUCCUAUGACUGCUGGAAAGAUGGCGCUGACUUUUGCGCUGGACGUGAGCGAGAGUGCGGCUGCUGAGAUUCCAGGCAUUGCGUACACCUUCCCCGAUCUCGACGCCAAAGUAAGGCUGUAUAUGAACUACACAUCCAACGGCGAGAGUGUCGCCUGUGUCGAGGCCGAUAUCUCCAACGGCAAGACUGUCAACCUGCUGGGUGUCAAGUGGGCCACCGCUGUCGUCGCUGGUCUUGCACUGGGCUCGUCGGCUGUCAUUUCUGGACUCGGACACUCCAAUGCAGCGUCCCACGUUGCCGCCAAUGCGCUGUCGCUUUUUGGCUACUUUCAAGGUCAAGCCAUGCUCGGAAUGACCAGCAUCGAUCUUCCUCCAAUUGUGCAAGCUUGGACCCAGGAUUUCCAGUGGAGCAUGGGCAUCAUCCGCGUUGGUUUCAUGCAGACCAUCUUCACAUGGUAUCAGCGCGCCACUGGCGGGACGCCCUCUGAGCUGUUUGACUCCCUAACGACGGUCUCAGUGCAAGUGGAGAAGCGCAAGAUGAAGCGUUCCCUGACAGAGACUGGCAUCACCCUCUCGAAGCGGGCUAUUGCAAUGAUGCCUCGGGCCCUCGACUCGGUCUCGCAGACAGUAUCGUCCAUAGUGAAGCGAGGAAACGUCAAGAACGCGAGCGGCAGUUAUGUGGUCUACGGUAUCCAGCGUGUUGCCUACAAGGCCGGGAUCGAGUCGACAAACCUCUUUAUGACCGGUCUAACCUUUUUCUGCAUCUUUGUGGUCUUUACCAUGGCAGGCGUCGCUGCUUUCAAGGGUUUCUGCGAGCUCGCCGUCAAAAAUAAGUGGAUGAAGAGCAACAAGUUUGUGGACUUCCGCAAUGGCUGGUUUACCGUCCUAAAGGGUAUUCUCUUCCGCCUCACCCUGAUCGGCUUCCCCCAGAUGACCAUCCUGUGUCUCUGGGAGUUCACCCAGAGGGACUCAGCUGCUGAGGUGGUUCUCGCCGUCUUCUUCUUCUUUGGCAUGCUGGCCACGCUGUCCUGGGCUGCUUCCAAGGUCAUCCGGAUCGCUCGCCGCUCCGUCGUUAUGCACAGGAACCCGGCUUAUAUCCUGUUCUCCGACCCUCAGGCUCUGAACAAGUGGGGAUUCCUCUACGUCCAGUUCCGAGCCUCCGCUUACUACUUCAUCGUGCCCACCCUCGCCUAUCUCCUGGUUAAGGGCAUGUUUAUUGCUUUUGCGCAGACCACGUCCACUGUGCAAGCUGUGGCCUUUAUCGUCUUGGAGGCUGCGGCGCUCAUCGGAGCCAGUGUCCUGCGGCCAUGGAUGGACAAGAGCACAAACUCAUUCAACAUUUCGAUUUGCGUCAUCAAUUUCCUGAACUCCAUCUUCCUCCUGAUCUUCUCGGAUGUCUUCAACCAGCCCGCCAUCGUCACUGGUGUUGUGGGCGUGGUUCUCUGGCUCGCCAACGCGGUUUUCGCCCUCGUCCUGCUCCUCAUGCUGAUUGUCACGACUGUCAUCGUCCUGAUCCGCAAGAACCCUGAUGCCAGAUAUCAAUUCAUGGCCGACGACCGAGCUUCCUUCAUGAAGUCCCAGACGCAGCUCAACACAACCACCGAGCUGGAUGCCCUGGCAGCGACCGCCCGAGGUGAUAAGAAUGGAUACAAGGCCUUCGAUCUGGACGAUGAUGCCGAGUCGAUCUCGUCUGACUCGUUGAAGCGACGCACCGACCCAUCGCACAUGCAGGUCCCCCAGCAGAUCAACUCACCCCUCUCGCAACCGGCAUACCGCGAUGCGCCUCGUUCACCGGUGGAUCCUGCGGUGCCACUGUUUCCGAAUGACAGGCAGUACCUUCGCCAACAGCCAAGUGGUUCAUCAAUGCAGCCGCCAAGUUCGUAUGGGUCGUCAUCGAACCUGUCGGCUUACCGGGGCCAAAACAAUGGUAGCCCGGCCAGCGGCUACCGGCCGCAGAAUACCACGAGUCCCUGGCAGCGUGGGGCUGGUUAUGAACACUAACGAUUUUCAAACGGCGGCACGAGGCGUACUGACGAUGCCUGUGCCGGAGUCGCCAUUAACGACGCAAUGGAAGUAGAGGAUCUUUCAUAUACACAUAUAUAUAUAUACAUAUUCC